GUUACUACCUGCGUCAUUUCUGUGACGUCAAACGGUUCCCCGACUGGCCUGUUAAGGACCCGGUAAGUGUCUUCUUCCAGUACAGUUGUUUAUUAUAAUUGAAGAAGAGUCGAGCACCGGAAGACUUUGUUUAUUGUCCUGAGCUUUCAGACUCGUACAGGAGUCCAUCAUCAGCAGUAUUAGCAGCAGCAGAACAAGCGACAGUUAUAAGGCAUGUAGGCCAAUCAUGGACGGACGGCCCAAGACUGGAGGUGACUACGCAGGGCUCUGUACGUCGGCGCCAGAUCGAUAAAUCGAUUGACCGAGUUCUCAUCCGAGGCCCAGACUUCAAUCAAUUCUCGGCCUGUUUUGUUUCCGGCUUGGGCGAUUGUUUCGGCGGCUGCGAAGUCAAACUCGUGACCCAUUUCGUAGGUGUGGGCGGCCACUUGUGAUAAUGCGUCGCCUCGUCGCACAGCUAGCUUAUGUUCGUGUAUGCGCGAUCCGAGCAUGCGUCCAGUCUGUCCUGUGUAGUUAUCAGGUCAAUUUUGACACGGAAUGCGAUACACUACUCCAGAUUGCUCUUCAGGCUUUAACAGGUCUUUGAUUUUCAUGACCCUAUUGCGCAUUGUGGCUUUGCGACGGUGUUCAAUGCCAACACCUAGUGCCGCAGGAAUUCACUCGGUCGCUUCAGAAACGCCCUUGAUGUAUGACAGAGAAUGCCAUUUCGUCGGUGGCGUGAUGUUCGAGCUCUCUAGUGGCGACCGCGAAGGCAGCUACUUAUGAAUGCCCUCGGACAGUUGUUUGUAAUUACCAUUUCAUUUUUCUGUGCAGCACCUUCCGUCUUUUCGCCACCUUUAAAUCAGGUGGCGGAGCAGUUUCGGAGGAUAAAUCUGGCGUUUCGCAUGUGUUCUUCAGCCCACGGCAGAAUAGAGGCCUUUCUUAGGCAUGUCUGGCUGUCGGCCAAUAUUCCACCCCUGUUUUAUCCCGUCAGUGAAGGAUAGCUCCACCCGGCCUGUGGUAGGUGAAUUCAGCGGUUCAUGGGCCGUUUCCUAUUGCGUGCCGAGACACUGUCCGAGACGAAUGGGUGACUUCUCCCAGGACUUGGCAUGACGACUUGCGUGCACCCAUCGCACUGCACCGCAGCCGUUUGGUCAUACGUUCGCGUCACCAUUGAUUUGUUCUCUAGGACGCAUAACUUUGCGGCCGGUUGCGUUAGUUUGCAUAAUACGGGCUUGAAAACAGUCGCCCGAGUCAGAGACAAUCUUCAGGCGUAACUGCGAGUUAGUUGCCUCGAACUUUCCCAUGCAUAAAACUGUAUCGGAUUGUACUUACAGCCCAAAAAACAUCAGGUACGAAUAGCGUACUCUAGGGAUAGUGGUGGCUACUUCGGUGAAAAAGUUGUUGUUUGGAAAACCACAUGUGGCAACUGUGAUGCAGUCUAUGACGGCCAGAUUGGGAAAUCUGCUUCUGACUAUGCAUGUGGACAUCAGCUAGCAGUGAAGAGGCGAAACUAUCUAUCCCUGGUCGCCAUACACACACUGGACAUUCUCAUGGUUGAGAAUUCGCGCCUAUGUCGCCUGGCCAACAAAGAAACGUCGCAAUUUCCUGGAGGUAAUGCGCUGAGAUUAGACAUUAAUCAACGGGCAAAUAGAUUUAGAUGCCGCACAAAAUUUUCAAGUACGAAUAGGAGCUAAAGGCAGUCAAUUCCAGUGGGAUGAUAUGAUUCAGUAUAUGCGUAUUAGGGUAAAUUGCAGCGAAUCAUAUAGUCCCUUGUUAGACGCAGUUUGUUAAUUAACUUUUUUAUCUCGCCUAUACAUGCUGGGAUACCAAUCUUGGAGACUUACAUAAUAGAUGCUGUUUUUUCCCAAAAACUUGGGCCUUAUUCUAACCACAUUUUGCGAUGUCUUUUUUUUAUUCUGAGACGGUAAUUAGGUCGGCUUUCGCCCGUUUCAGACAUACUUUUAUGAGCGCAACGUCUGCAGUCGUCUUUGUUCCUUAAGAGCUUGAAAUAAUGUCGCAUAAAUUAAUGAUGUCAUUUGGGGUUUAAACGCAUUGGCGGUGACAGAAGGAGACUUCCCAAAACGGAUGCUAACUUUGACUGACGUCUUGCAACUAAUCUAGCUGCAGUCGAGAAUAUCGGCUGUUUAACAUCCGUGGGACGUGAUUUAUCAGGUCCUCUUAUUGGCAUGACGGGCCUUCUUGCUAUUUACCCGAAUUCCGUUUUCCAACCCCAUUUUUUGUGUGAUCGAGCAGACUGGAGUUUGACAAGACGCAUGUCUCACGAUGUACUCCUGAUAAGUCUCCACAUCUGAUCAAUUCUCGAGGCAGGGAUUUAUGAUAAUAUUCAGCGUAUGCAUUAUUAGUGACGAAGACUAGUUGCUGUUCUUCUUCGGAUUCCUCCAGAUUGCAUUUUUGCGGGACGUCCUCGGCGCUUGGAGGAUUGAAACGGACAAGAAGCCCUGCAAACUCUCUUAUCAUGACGCGCUUCGCGAACUGGAGCUUGAUCCAGCCAACAUCAAGGAGUAAGGCCUCUCUUUUGGGAACCCAGUGGUUUACCGAAUUUCGUUUCUGUUUGUUUACUUUCCCCUGCUAAUUUGUUUUCAUGGAUUUCAGAGAAACAGAAGAGGCUGUUAUUCGCAGAGCUUACUAUCAGCUGUCAAUGAAGUACCAUCCUGAUAAGAAUCCCCAGGGCCAGGUAUUAUCUCCUUUUCCAUUUUGACAGAUUGCUACUACUACCACUACUACUACUUCUACUGCUACUACUUCUACUACUACUACUUGCGUCACUCCAGUUAGUACAGUCAAUACCCCAUCACGAAAUGUUAGUAACCGAAAUUCUGAGGUGCGUUUUACAGUAGGAAGGACUAUCAAUAGAAGCCAAGAGACGAGUCCUAGGAAGCAGUCGUGGAGAAGGAGGCACGAUAGCUGGGACUAGAGCUUAAUUAGCCUGACGUUUCGGAUUCCUGCUCGAACCCAUCAUCAGAGACAAUAGCGGAUGCAGGUAGUUCAUGCACAAGGGGCUGCAGUAUUCAGAGGAUACAGUCGCCAUGCUACCGCCCCCCCCUUCACCAGGGAUCGUUACACUUGGUGUGAUGACAGUUUGAUGGCCGACAUUCACGUCGUUAAUUGCAUUAAUUUCAUCACGUGUGUUGGAUGUUGGUGUGAUGAUUGCUUGGCCAUCUGACCCACCGAUCCUGGUGUUGGGAACAGUGUUCACCUGUGCGCUCCCCGCGGGUCCAAUUACGCUAUAAAUGGCCAUCUCAUGGUCUUAAAAAACUCAUGUUUGCAAACUUACUAAAACCAAAAACAAUCAUUUCUUACAAAAUCUGUAAAAGGCUUAACUUGCUACUAUAUGAGACCGAAAAAGGUUAUUUGUAAUUUUGCUUUCCAUAGAACGUAUCUGACUUUAUAUAGACAGUAAAAAUCAGUGGAAAAAUCCUUACUGUUAAAAUAUCCAUUUUUUUAAUGAUUGAGGUUUUUCAGAUGACCGAGAAAAGGGCAUUCAGAAGACGAAGUCCUGGCUUGAUUAAAAUACUACACGAUCAUUACAGUGCCACCCCAGUUAUUCUUUAUAAUAGAAAACGCACUGCAGAAUUCCAGUCAGUAUUUAGUGGGAUCAGUCACUGGCUGACUAAGGACGUACAGCUUCUCACCCCUCUCCUCCCCAUUUUACAUUUUUGUCUCAGUUCUUAAAUAAAUUUCUCUGUUUCUGACUUCUUCUCCCACUUUCAGACGAGAUUUCACGCAAUCAACUCGGCAUAUCAGUAUCUGUGCAACCGAAGUAGAAUUUCUGAUGGCCCCAAUCGUUCUCAUCUGCAUUUGCUUAUUCGCUCCCAAAGCAUUAUCUAUGGACGAUACCGCCAACGUAUGUGAUUUCCCACAUUGACCUUCUUUUUGACCUUGCUGCUACGGAGGAAAGAGUAGAAUACUCUUCUUUCUAACAUGCUCCUUUGAUUAUUCCUAGUGCUUGUGCCGCAUAAGUACGCCGGAUACCCCAUGCUCAUAUCAACUAUUCGGCUGGAAUCUGAAAAUACUGAUCUCUUCGGUAGUAAGAAACAGGGCGGUGUUUCGGUUGAUCUUCUUUCGGCUGCCACGGAGUUAGCCUACGAAACAGUUUCUACCAGCUCCCUGAACGCCGAAGAAUUGCGGCGAGAGGGUGGUAUUCAGGCUCUUCAGGUACACUGGACUCUUAUUCGUAACCUUCAUAAAUGGGGGGUUACUGGAGUCUAUUAAAGUAGUAUUACUGUGUUUUGUUUAUUUUGUCUGUUCAGGAGGCCUUUGCACGCUGUUCUUCCCUACUUUCGCGGGAUGAUUCUAUGAACAAUGAGCUCGCCGUCAACGUUUGUUGCCAUGUAACGGCCUUCUUCACAGUAUCCACAAAGUUCCCUGCCUCUCGAGAAUGCAUUCACGAGAUUCCCCAAAUCGUUCGAGAUAUCGUACGCCUUCUCUAUUUCAAGGUCAGUGCACUGAUUUCGAUUCGCCAUCUCUGGCUGGGGUCGUCCGUCACCUAGUUAUUGUAUUAGUCCUCCGUACUUGCGUGCCUAAAUUCGACUCGUUUUAUAUUUGUAUCAAAAGGCAGUGCGAAUAAGUUGACGCUUCGUGAAAAACUAUGCUUUUUUGCAUUCGCUGUCAAUUUCUGCAUAAUCUAGGAGGGCUACAUCCUUCCAUCUGCAAAUCGUCGUCGUUAUUGCCGUAAUUAUUUGUCCCUGGACAGUUACCUUAGAAUAAAGGUUAAUGACCUGUUGAGUAACUAUGUACGCAAAUACACCGAUAGCCACUUUUGCUGGAAUAUUUAUGUACUUAUUACGCUUUCAUCUAUCAUUCUCAGCCCUACCCGUCUGUGAAAAGCUCUUUGACUACUCAGUGUUGUCAACUUAAAUUCAACUAGGGAUUACAUGCUAUUCUUGGACAGUACGUGGUUUCACAUUACCCUUAUCUCAUCGCAUUUUACAAGCCUCCGAAGCACACUGUCUUCCCAAGCAUAUUAGUCCAGUCGCAUGGCUUAAUUUCAUAAGGUUUUGUAAACUACGAUCGUAUGUCAUUUUUCGUUUCACUUUUUAGAAUCUUCCUCGACUUUGCUGUCAAGCGGCCGCCUGUUCUGCUGCUUUCUGUGAUGACUACUGGCUGUGCGUAAAUGUUUAUGAGAAUGGAGGUCUCUUUCUUCUUUUAUAUCACGUCUUGGCUUAUGACUUUACGCUUGAUGAGAGUGGUGUUGAGGCCGACGAAUCCACAAACAGUCAGGUGCGGUGUCCACUACCUUAUCACAUUUAAUGUUAACUUGUCUAUCUACUUACAAACCACUAAGUAGUACGUUUUACUUUCGCGCAGUUGAUGCUCAACCAGCUGUCCCUUCUCUGCUUAUGGGCCUUGAGCCGACUUGCGCACCAACAUGAGGGCAGCUCCACCGGUCCACUGUCGUCUGCAGAGGGCGGCUCUGUGGAGCUGGCUUUGAAUCGUCUAGUCACGCCGCACAUAACGCGUAAACUGUUGGCUCUCGCGGACUUCCCCCAGCCAGUGCCCACGGCCACUCUCGGUCCCCUACUCUCGGAGGGCGGCUUCCUUGACCCCUCCACUGAGUCUGGUCAGGCUCUGCGACGAUUGGCCAAACUGUUGACCACAAAUUCUGCAACACCCUGCCUCAUCUGGGACAAUCAAUGCCGUGCUGAGCUUACCGGCCUCGUUGGGGAACAAGUGACUAAGAUUGUUAAAACGGUAUGUCCACGUCUACUCUCGCACUCCUCUCCUCCCUGUCAUGGCGCGUUUUUAUUAAAAACGAUUUCAGUUGGCGUUUUAUUUAAAAUGGCUUAA